AAUGGACCACUCCUUUUAUAUUACCUCAGCCUUUGAAUAAUACUAUCUUGUUCCCAGUCCUGGAGAGCAGGGAUGUGGCACAUGAUGCCCUGGCCCACCUGUAGUAUUUGUUUGUUUUAAUGCAAAAUGGCCAAGUUAAGAUACCUCCUCUUGUCCAGAAGGUCCCCCUAGAGGAAGAGACAGGGCCAGCUUGCCUGUCUUUCCUUUUUUCUUGCCCCUUCCUUCAUGGUUGUGGAGCCAGGAUACAAUUACUUGGAUAAGGAUUAGAGCUUGGGCUGCCGCCUGUUGCUGAAUGCCAAGUCUUUCAAGAUGGUCCUCCUCAGCAUCCUUAAGACCAUUCUUCUUUGGAAACUAAUAAUUUUUAUGGAACACAGAGUCCAAAUGGCAAGAGUAGGACAGCCUCUCCUGGCGGAGGGCCCUGCCUUGCCCCUGAUUCAGGAGCUGUUAGAAGAAGCCCCUAGCAGGCAGCAGAGGAAGCCACGAUUCCUAGGACACUCCCUGCAGUAUAUGCUGGAAUUAUACCAACGUUCAGCUGACCCGUGGGGGCACCCUAGGAAGAACCGUACCAUUGGGGCUACAAUGGUGAAGCUGGUGAGAACUUUGGCCAGUGUAGCAAGGCCACUCGGAGGCUCCUGGCAUGUGCAGACCCUGGAUUUUCCUCUAAGACCAAACCGAGUGACUUAUAAACUAAUCAAAGCCACUGUGGUUUACCGCCAUCAACUCCACCUAUCUCACUUCCACUUCUCCUGUGUUGUGGAGCCCUGGAUCCAGAAACGUCUAACAACCCAUUUUCCUUCUUCAGGAAGAGGUUCUUCAGAUCCUUCCCUUCUUAACAAAGCUUGGACAGAGAUGGACAUCACAAAACAUGUUCAACAAAGGCUCUGGAAUCACAAAGGGCACAAGAUCCUACGACUCCUUUAUAUGUGUCAGCUGCAAAAAGGUAGUGAGAUUAUUGAGCCCCAGUGGCAAGGGACCUCAUCGAUGGACACUGCCUUCUUGUUACUCUAUUUAAAUGAUACCAGUAAAAGUGUUCAGAAGGCCAUGCUCCCCCAAAGCCUAGAGGAGUUUAUGGAAAGAGAAUCCCCUCUUCUAUUGCGGAAGUCCCGGCAAGCUGACAACCUUGCAUCUUGGGUUCCUGGCUCCUCCUGGAGCUAUGAUGAGCCUGAACAGAACCAGUGUUCCCUCCACACUUUCCAAGUCAGUUUUCACCAGCUGGGAUGGGACCACUGGAUCAUUGCACCUCAUCUCUAUACCCCGAACUACUGUAAGGGAGUCUGUCCUCGGGUACUACGUUAUGGUCUCAAUUCCCCCAAUCAUGCCAUCAUCCAGAACCUUGUCAAUGAAUUGGUGAACCAGAGUGUCCCUCAGCCUUCCUGUGUCCCCUAUAAGUAUGUUCCCAUGAGCAUCCUUCUGAUUGAGCCAAAUGGGAGUAUCUUGUACAAGGAGUAUGCGGAUAUGAUUGCCCAGUCCUGUACAUGCAGGUGACAGCAGCCAGUCAAGGUUUCCCAAAAAACAUAGGUUAAAAAAUAAACAAUUAUUGAUGUUAAAACUGCAA